CCUAUUUACUUCCGGACAUGUGUUAGUAGGGCUGUCAAACACAAAUAUGCAGCAAGUUAGCGGCUUACUAUUUUACUUUAUAGCGAACGCGUAUUCGCACUUUUAGGCAGAGCUGGAGAGUACUGGUGAAUAUCUCAGUUUAGCUGUCAAUCAUUCGGACAUGUAACUGGCUAGCGCGCUGUGCUAACACAGUGCUAACAAGGCGGCUGUGCUAGUAAGGUAGAUGACAGACGUCGGCGACAAGAUGGCGUCUGUUCGCUGGGCCUUCCGCUGCGGAUCUUGGACACCGAGCAGCUCCGAGUGGUUGUUUGCUGCUCGCUGUGUUCAGCAGGAGGAGAAAGACAGGAUCGGAAAGUUUGUGUUUGCCAAAGAUGCCAAAUCAGCCAUGGCCGGCAGAUUGCUGCUGAGAAGAUUCGUGUGUGAGAGGAUGCACAUUCCCUGGGCACAGUUCCGCCUGGAACGAUCGCCGAGAGGGAAACCAUACCUUGCUGCACCAACGGAAGUCAGCCCAGAUGUGACCUGGAGUUUCAACAUCUCCCACCAAGGUGACUAUGCAGUGCUCGCUGCUGAGAAAGGGAUGCAAGUCGGGGUGGACAUCAUGAAGACAUCCAUGCCUGGUAGCAGCACCGUACCGGAGUUCUUCCGCGUCAUGACUCGUCAGUUCACGCCGCACGAGUGGCACGCCAUCCUGUCAGCCGGCUCCGAGCGCCGGCAGCUCGCCAUGUUCUACCGCCACUGGGCCUUGAAAGAAAGUUUCAUCAAAGCCAUCGGGACCGGGCUGGGUUUGAAUCUGCAGAGGGCGGAGUUUCACCUGUCUUCUGAAGCGCCCACACAGACCUCCGUGCUCUGCCGGACCAGAAUGCACCUGGAUGAAGAGGAAGACCACGACUGGGUGUUUGAAGAGAGUUUACUGGAUGAAGACCACCACGUUGCCGUGGCAUUAGGACCCAUGAAGACGCCACGCUCUGCACAUCCUACCUCGUAUGUUCCUGCCUUCACACAGCUGUCCUUCACUGACCUCAUCGCCUCCGCCUCACCUUUGACUGAGGAAGACCCCGCCUACUGGGAGAGCUUCCAAGCCAAGGCUGAAGCCCCCUUGAGACAGAGACUCGCACACGUCCAGUCCUGACUGGCUUUGACAGCAGGGAUUAUGUCCACUGAGGGUUCUCACAGAUUAAUUCGGUCAAUCAGGGCAAGAAUAUUUUAUACACUAGACAGGGAACGCUUCAAAAAAGGCUAAAACACUAAAUCUACCCAGGUAGUUCCCGGUGGAAACCCAGAGGGGUACUUUAUUUACCCGGAAAGUUCCUGCCCAUUACGUUGUUCACGAUCUACCUGUCCAUCGCCAGCCAGGCAUUAAAGAAAUAGACCUAAAAAUGAGCGAUCAUCAAUCUUCACCAAGACGUCACUUGAUUGACAUUCACGGCACCCGAGGGUCUUGUGGGAUGACGCUGGCUGCUGCCAGAUCAUUAUUAAGAAAAAAUGACCGACAGGAAGGCGAGAAACAAUUUUUAUUUCAACAGACUCUCGAUCCGUACCUGCCGUCCAAAACUCUGAAGACCGACUGCACAGUUCCUGUCUUCACAAUAAAAGCGCUGCUUCAUCCUGCCUGCGCUAACAAAAUAAGAGUCUCAGAAAGCCGGCGAGCUACGGAGUUUGGCGCCGAUGUAUUUCUUGUAAAGUGUAUAAAAAGGAAUAUGGAAGCUGGACAAAUAAGAUGGCAAAAACCCAACAGAAAGGAGGACUUUUUUUCCUCCUCCAUUUGAAAAUGUGGACGUUAUCAUCACUACUGUUGUCAGAAAAAUUCUAUCUAAGUUAUCACAAUACUUUGUGUUGAAGUGAGUUCCUGGCAAGAAGCAAAAGCUGUCUUUAAAACCUACCAAGAAGAAGGCUUGUUAAACUCCACUGUGUAGGAUGGGAAGCAACAUGAAGGGUUUCUGUAUUCUUUCAUGUAUUGUAAUCAACAGAAAGAUAUUGUUUGAACCCAAGGACUACAAAGCGGAGAGAAGGCAGGAUCUGCCCAAUUUCCAGACGACCUCUUUUUGAACCUCCUUUUUCAACUGUUUUACGAACCUCUUUUUGAACUCUUUUACGACCUUUUCUGUGAACUGCUUACGACCUUUUCUUUUGAACUGUUGUAAAUAAAGGCGAUGGCUGUUUACGACCUCGUCCCUUAGAAGCAGCUGUGGUCAUGUGGUCAGAGAAAGUCCGAAUAAAGGGGGAGGCGUACAAUCUUUAGGCAGAGCGUAAUGACACUGUCCUAGGGUACAGAUGUCCAAGCGUCUCUCCUCAUAUUGAGCCAAAUUCCGUCUCAGUUUAAUUCUUUGCUUCUUGUCUUGUUUAAUAGAUGUCAUCAGUGUUUGAA